GUAUGCUAUUUCUCUGUCCUUGUCUGCCUUUAUAGAUGUUUCUGCUUUCCUUCUCUUUUCCCUGACUAUCUCAGUGACCAUGGACAGCUCUCUGGUCCUCUCUUUCACUCAGUUUCACUCCACUAUGACCACAGCACCUCUCCUGCUACUAUGUGUUGCCCUGGUGCUACUUGGACAUGUGCAUGGAGCCACACUAAGAAAUGAAGACAAAUAGAAGCCACUCAAUAAUACCAGAAACAGAGAUUUGUUUUUCAGAAGCCUUCAGGCAUAUUUUAAGGGCAGAGGUCUUGAUCUUGGAAUGUUUCCAAAUCCUUUCCCCAUGAAUGAGAACCCUAGACCUCUCUCUUUCUGAUCAGAACUUCUUGCUUCUGCAUUUGCAGAUUAUGAAGAGCAGGAAAACUCCUUUCACAGUUUUCUCAAAGACUGAAAGUUUUCUGAGCCCAGGUAAAAGUUGGCCCUUUAUUCACAGGAUCUGUCCAAACAUACAAUUCAGCCAUAAAGUAGGUAUUUUGAAAGUACUUAUUUGAAAAAUGAUUUUAUUUCUUCAUAGAAAUAAGUGCUCAGUUCUGCUUAUACUCAUCACUGUUAAGUAUUUCGAUUUGGUUCAGGCAGGUAUUUCAUAAUCCUGUUUUAAAAAGAAAUGAAAGUUUUGAUUUUUUAAGCGUAGUUAUCCAGGGAGAGACAUAUUAAAAUGAUAGAAUGAUCCCUGUAAAUAGGAUUAUCAAAUUAGUAACAUGGCCACAUUCUUGCCUCUAUCUUUUUCCAGACAAGGUGAUAUAGCUGUGUGGAAAAUCUACAUAAAGAAAUAUGUCAAAUUGAGUUGUUGGAUUAAAUGGGAAUUAAAAGUUAAAAGAAUGGUUCUUUGGGGGAUAAAGUAGUAUGCAUAUAUUUGAGCUUGAACUCCUCACCUAUAGGAAGAAAAGUUGGCUAGCAGUAAGGAUGGCAUUUUUCUCAUAGAAAAGGGAUUUGAAUUUCAUUGCUCUUAUUAUUUUAGUAUUCCUAUCAAACCAAUACCUACCGUUUACAAAGAACAAGUAUGGUGCAUUCCAAGCAAAUAUUUUAUGAUUUCAAUCCGUUAGCUUUUUGUUUAGCUGAAUAAUAAAGGGAAUGGAAUCAUAAUUAAAAUCUUUUCCCAUUCUCCCUCAAGUAUAAUUUUGAAAUUCUGAGGAAGCAUACCUUUCUUGUGCUUUAUUUUGUUUGUGAAAGGGUUUGCAUUAUUAGUUCUUUCAAAUGUGAUGAUUAAAAAAUAAUUAUUGCUAUUCUAAAAAGAAUAUUUAACUUACCAUGUGGAAUAUGCCCUUAGAUAGUGUUCUAAACUGAGAAAAUAAAAUAGAAGAAACAGUAAAAUGUUAAUGAAGUUUUCUCUUGACUAUUUUUUACACUUUGGCCUUAGGGUAUCAGAGAAUAGUUAUUAAUACCAUGCUACCUCCUUUAGUAAAAGGCAGAUAAAUUGCUUGUAAGUCUCAGUUUCUUCAUCUGUAAAUUACAGAUACUAGUUUCUACCUUACAGAAAGUAUCAUAGAAAAUAUUAAAGAAAUACUUUCAUGUGAGCAUGGAAUGAGGUAAUAUUUAAGGGCAGGAAACUGAUAAAGCACCCAAUUGGUGGUAUCAUAAAAGAACAGGAAUUAUUUAACUUUAUGAAAAGAAAGCUUCUGAUUUGGAGUAUAUUUCAUAAUUACGAACUCUAUGUUCCUUUUAUCUCUGGUGAGAAAAUGAAGACAAAAAGAGCUUUCAUUAAAACAUGUUGAUUUUGGGGUCUUUGGGUUGAUUGUGUAGUCUUUAUUUUCUAUUUAAUUAUAACAUUGUCUUGUUCUUUCAGGUGUCUGGCUAUUUUAAAACUACAGAUGAAGCUUCUCAUUAGAAAAAUCCAACCACUAUCAUAGCUAAACUUUUGUGGAGUUUUUUUUCCUUUCAUUUUUAUAUUUCAGUUUGUAAUGAUUUUAUUCCACAUUUCCAGAUUUACAUAUAAAUAGCUGGAACUAUGAUUUCUAUGCAUAUUUAUGGAGUGUUUUUCCCGUAUAACCAUAAAUAUUGAUGUAGAACACUGCAUGUAUUUGUAGGAGUUACAAAAACAUCACAAACUGAAAAGAGAUUAUAAUCUUCUAAAUUAGAUGUUUCUUUAAGCUUGUUUUUAAAACUUAUCUUUUACAUUUAUUAUAUUUUAUCAACCAAUAUAUUUUUUGAUAGUGACACAUUCACUUUUUCUAUAGUAAAAUUCAUUAUAUGUGAUGGGGGUUUGUUUUAAAAUUUGUCUUCCUUCCCCAAAAAGAAGAUGCAUCCCCACAAUCAGCACAUGCUACAAAAAGACCUCACAGUUUUAGUUUCAUAAGAAAUGAGGGCAAGUGAUAAACAGCCACAAUUAAGUUAAAAUGCAAGCACACAACAAACAUGGGAUUCUGGAAGUUGUCAACGCCUCCAAAGAUGCUUUUGCCAAAAUAUUCAGAGGUGGACACUGUGCCACAUCAAAUAUUCUAGCAAUGUCCCAGCCCUUGCUCCCAUACACAACCUCCUCAGUAAGGAAAAGUAGAAACAGGUGAUUUCCUCUCUUUCCAACUAGCCCCUGCCCUCCUUACUCUAGCUCAUGCUGACUUAUUCUGAUUCCCAUAUUCUCAUUUGGAACAGCUACUUUUCCUGUAUCUUUAUGGAUAGCCGCAUCUAUAAUGUUGUGCUAAAAAUGCAACAUUGUCCUGAUAUUAGUCUGUGCAUUUUAAAAUGGUUUAUUGUGACUUUUUUUGGUAAAUUAUUGCUACUGUAUAUGAAAAAAUAUUUGCACAAGAGCAGAUUUUGUGUCUGGUUUAAGAUGUUCUACUGUAAUUAGUUGUAUACGUGUCUGUUUCUCCUGAAGAGUGGUGAGGUCUUUGUGAGCAGAGACCAUGUAUAAUUUACCUUUAUUUCCCCAGCACCUACUACAAUGCCUAGCA